AUUGGCCCUGGCGUUAACAUUCUAGCAGCUUGGCAUAUGUCUUUGGAGAACAACACAAACACCAACUCGACAUUCAACAUGAUCUCAGGCACCUCAAUGUCUUGUCCUCACCUCAGUGGCGUUGCAGCAUUACUAAAAAGUGUUCACCCUGAUUGUUCUCCAGCUGCAAUUAAGUCAGCAAUUAUGACAACAGCUGAUGUCUUAAACCUCGAAUCCAACUUAAUCGAGGAUGAAACAUACCUUCCAGCCAAUGUUUCUGCGACUGGUGCAGGUCAUGUUAAUCCAUCAAAAGCAAACGAUCCAGGCCUGAUAUAUGACACAGAACCAUCCGAUUACUUAGCUUAUUUAUGUGGUCUAAAUUACACGGAUGAACAAGUUGGGAUUUUUUUGCAGCACAAAGCUAAUUGUUUACUGAUUACUAGCAUCUUAGAAGGUCAACUAAAUUAUCCAGCAUUUUCGAUUCAAGUCAGAUACAACUCAACACCUCAAGUAUAUUCAAGAACUGCGAUGAAUGUUGGACAAGCCAACUCAACGUACAGAAUUGAAAUUGAUUCACCACCAUUCCUUGAUGAAAAAGUUGAACCAGCUACACUUGGUUUUUUCCAGGUGAAACAAAAAUUGAGUUAUCAAGUGACAUUUACACCUUUGGCUACUAGACCAAGUACCACUUUUAAUCAGGGAUCUCUCAGAUGGAUUUCUGAGAAACACAUUGUUAGGAGUCCAAUUGCUGUUCGGUUUUUAAUUUUUUGA